CUGACGGACGCAAGUGUAACGGGACGCUUCCGGUUAGGAAUAAUGGCCGCGGCCGUUGGCGACUCACGUGUGAGUGCGGGGAAAAAGCUGAAAAAUUCACUAAGGAAGAAGAAGAGGAUGAAAAUGGUAGUCCCGUCUGUAGCAUCGGAGCUGGAAGAUAAGGACAAAGACGCUUCCGAUAAUGAAGGUUCUCUAGGAAGCUGUGCAUUGGAAAAAGAUCACUUUUCCUCUGGCGAUGAAGCAGGAGAAGCUGACAGCGAAGGUGACGCUGAACCCCGCGAGGAUGACAAUGCCAGUGCUGCAGAGGCCAGUGUGGGGACUAAUGCGGGCUGGGCAGAUGCCAUGGCCAGAGUCCUGAACAAGAAGAUUCCUGAAAGCAAGCCCACCAUCCUGGUCAGAAACAAAGAGCUGGAAAAGGAAAAGGAGAAGUUAAAACAAGAGAGACUAGAGAAAAGAAAACAGCUUGAUAAGAAGCGGGAAUGGGAAAUGAUGUGCAGAGUAAAGCCAGAUGUUGUCAAAGACAAAGAAACGGAGAGAAAUCUUCAGAGAAUUGCUACGAGGGGUGUGGUGCAGUUAUUUAAUGCCGUUCAAAAGCAUCAAAAGAAUGUAGAUGAAAAGGUUAAAGAAGCUGGAGGCUCUAUUAGAAAACGAGCUAAGUUGAUAUCCUCGGUUUCCAAGAAGGACUUCAUCAGUGUUCUGAGAGGGAUGGACGGAAGUGCAAGUGAGAAGAAUUCUGCUGGGAAGAACUUGAAAGCCAAACAGACGGAAGCGAAAUCAGAAGAGGGCCCAGGAUGGACAAUCUUGCGUGAUGAUUUCAUGAUGGGAGCAUCCAUGAAAGACUGGGACAAAGAAAGUGACGGACCAGAUGCCAGAGGACCAGGGUCUGGAAGUGACUCUGACACAUAACGCUGUAUAAGAAACACAGUUUACGUUUUAGUUUUCUUGGAAAAAUAGUUCAUACUCUGAAGGUUGGGAAACUAUAGAGAUUGCAUUUGUAAGAAAGCCAAAAGACUUUCAUUAUUACCAACUUUGGUGUUCCUUUUUUUAUGUAAACUUUGUUAAAAUUAUAUUUCAAACCUUAUAUGAUUUUAAGCAUUGUUCCUUAGAACAUUUGUAAAAAGAAAUAUUUCUACUUGAGAGGUGCAUUUUGCUAGGUUCACUAUAGGUUUACAUACUGCUCUUGGAUAUUGGUAUUUCAUUCAGCUAUCACCAGUGUUUGUGGAAAUGCAACAUCAAUUCAUAAUUAAAAUGAACUCCUUGAUGUUAGUGUUUUUCAGCCUCUAACUUACAGACCUGAAUAUGUAUAUUUUUUUGUGGGAAAGGGUUGGUGGUGAUUUUGGUGAGGUAUUGAGAAAACCUAUGUAUUAAUAACAAAAUUUUUAAAUCUUAGCAUUUCUGAUUUGGGGUAAUGAUUUUCUUUACAGAUACUCUGGCAAAUAAUGAUUUAAGAAGUAUCAAAUUUCUACUUCUGUAUUGCCUUUUAUAUGCUAAGUAAUAUAUAUAAAUAAUGACUUAGAUUUAUUUUAAAUGUUUAUUUUUGUAUGAGAGAUUUACUGAGGUGGAAAUUCUCGUAUUUAACUUAAACAGUGAAACAAUUUCUUAGGAAGCAUAUUUGACAUGUUCUAUUGAUCUUAUUUCCCUAUUUUUGAGUUUUUUCCCCCUAUAUUUGAGUUAGCUUAAAUUUUCUGUUAUGGACAGACUGACCAGUGAAAUGGUAGACAAUAGAUGCAUAUGUGUGUGCUUACUCACUUCAGUCGUUAUCUGACUCUUUGCGACCCUGUGGACUGUAGCCCACCAUGUUCCUCUGUCCAUGGGAUUCUCCAGGCAAGAAUACUGGAGUGGAUUGCCAGGCCCUCCUCCAGGGAUCGAACCAGCAUCCUCUGCGGCUCCUGACUUACAGGCAGGUUCUUUACCACUGAGCUAGCAGGGAAGCUCAGACAACAGAUAGUCUGCAUCAGAAAGCUGCAUCUGAGUUGAGGCUUGAUUCCUUAUAGUUGCCUUAAAGAUUACUAAGUUGGGUGGCUUUUAAAGUCUAGAUAUUAAACAGAAAGAGAUGAGAAAGCAGGACUAUUUAAAUACCAUUCCAAAAUUUCUGUGACACGGGGCCUAAGCUGCAAAGUUUGUAGGGGAAUUAUUUAAUAAAAGUGAUCUGUUCAUUUUAUAAAAGGAUUCAUUUCUUUCACCAUCUUUCCAUAAUAAAAAUAGUUGCCUCCUACUACCCAGUUGCACUUGUCUGUGUGUGUUAUAUAUAUGGAAGGGUAAUCCUCCCCUCAGAACUAUGCUAGAGCAGAGUUGUUUAUAUUUGCAAACCCAUUUGAGUAUUACAAGUAUUAUGUAACCAGAGUCAAAUUAGUCCAUGGCCUGGUAUUUGUUAUCCUAAAAGGAAGGUAUACAUCUAAGAUAUCAAAUGCUUAAACCAGCAGAGCUCAAAAUGCAUUUUUAUAUUUAUCCAAACUUUUGAAAUUUAGUGUCUUCUUGAAUUAUAGGACUGCUGUUUUGUCAAUGUAAUAUAAAUAAAUGUGAACAGUUAUUCCUCGGUAGUAACAUGAACACGUAAAUAUCUCAAUAUAACUUAACACACGUAAGUAUUUCAGUGCAGCCUAAUAUGUAGAUCAUUUUGAGAAAUUUGCAGCACCUAAAAACUUACCUUCUCAGAAUCAAAGAUUUUAAUUUUUUUUUUUUUUGCUAUUAAUCUGUUUCUGAAUCAUAUUAAAGCUUUGCAAAAAUUCUGCUGUGCUAACAUCAGGUGAUAGAAAUGGGUAAAUAACUUCUCAUUUAGUUAAAAAAAAAUAGUUGUUUUUGUAUAGUCCUUGGUUUAACUUCAAACUGAUAGUAAGAGAAUAUUUGUAGAUUUUCUUCUCUCAGAAGUUAUUUUAUUCCAAAAUAAAAUUGAAGUGCUGUUGUAAGGAAAAAAAUGUAUCACUUAUGCUAAAAGGCUGUAAAGCAUAUUUAAAUUAUAUGAAAUAAUUUUUAUCAUAAAGAUGGAAUGUU